AUGGCAAAUACAGCAGAUAGGGCGGCGCCGUGGGUGGAUCUUCCGCAGGAGUUAACGGCAAACAUUCUGCAGAGGCUGAGUGCGGUGGAUAUUUUCCAUAGCGCACAGGUGUGUAGUGCCUGGCGGAGGCUAUGUGAAGACCCCUCCAUGUGGAGCUAUGUGGAGUUGUGGAAUCCAGCAGGUAAAGAACGGGAGUGGGAUAAAAUUUGCAGAGAAGUAGUGAAUCGCAGUGAGGGCCAACUUAUUUCCAUCAAACUAGGGAGCUUUGCUACUGAUGAUCUGCUCUUCUACAUUGCUCAGAGAGCAAAACAGCUGAGGCAUCUUGGUAUUUGGUGCAACUAUGUUUCCGAUGAAGGUUUUAUUAAAGCUGUUAAUGAGUUGCCACUGUUGGAGGGGCUACAAAUUAAACACUGUUGUGCCAUUUCUAAAAGAGGCAUUGAAGCUGCUGGACGGUCUUGCCCUUUCCUCAACUCAUUUAACUUUUUCAUGGUAAGUGAAAACGUAAACAGACCAUAUGAUGGGGAGGCUAUUGCCAUUGCAGAAAACAUGCGUGGGUUGAAACACCUUAGACUUUAUGGAAAUAAAAUGACAGAUAAAGGCGUGGAGGCCAUCCUUGAUGGUUGUCCUCGCCUUCAAUCUCUCAGCAUAGUCCACUGUAAUCAUGUUAGGCUUGAAGGGGAGUUGGGGAAGAGAUGCUCUCAACAGAUUAAGGACCUCAACUACAUUCAAAAGCCUCGUAUGGGCUUUUUAUAA